ACUGGUAAACCCUUCUCGUUUCUUGCUCUUCGGUGCUCAGCCGCUCUUCUUCCCUCAUCGGUGCCUGGCGCCUCUCCUCCUCCCGUCGUUAUCGACGCCACCUGGUCCUGCGGUUGCCACGUCUCUUCUUCUAUCCAUUUUCAUUGUCUUCAGAUUGGAAUAAGAUGAAGAAGGGGUUGCACCCACAGAUGCAAUGGAUCUCUUAUGUAACCCAAAGUGGGAGGUUGAUGCAUGUGAUGAUGACAAAGAUCCACCCUGUUGGCAAAGUCUACCACUUUCGGGCUAAACGUCAAAUGGCUGAGAGCUUGGGCCAGAUUGCCAAGUUCAGGCGUCGUUUUGGACAACAAAAUGAGGACUCAGAUGCCAAAUGACUUGUUCACUGGUAGAACGAAGUUUGCAGUUUCGCUCUCUAUUUAGGAGGUUGAAAAUGAGAAGGAAUUUGGUGAUACUCUGAACCGUUCCGUAUUAUAUAAUUAAAAUGUGAAAAUAUUUGCUUUCUUAAUCAUUCAAGUUAACCGAUGCCUUUCGUAAUAAAAAGUUACAAGGAAGCAAAUUUUUGAGUAGAGGUUGGAAUUUUUACAUUAGCACCUCUGUGGAAAUUAUUUGUAAUCUGUUCCUUCUGUUCUUUUCUGUCUUGAACUUCAUUUUAUGCGAUUUACUUACAAUUGGUCACCCCCUGCCUCCCCAAUUUUUUUUGUGGUUUAGCUCGACUUUGCCCACACAUAUACGCGUAUAUGAACUUACAGCCUGAUAUGUGUUCAAAU